UUGUUCAUCCUUCUGCGCGCCGCGUCACCAACUCGUGUCUCUCCCUGCCAUGCUCCGGGCCACAGCGCUGCUGCCUGCCCUGCUGUUGGUCCUCCUGCUGGCUUGCAGCCGGGGAUAUUUCCCCGAGGAGCGCUGGAGCCCCGAGUCUCCCCUCCUCGCUCCCAGGGUCGUCCUUGCGCUGCUCUGCCGCAACUCCGCGCACUCGUUACCGCUGGUCCUCGGAGCCAUCGACCGCCUCAACUACCCGAAGGACCGCGUCUCGCUGUGGGUGGCGACAGAUCACAACGUGGACAACACAACAGCUAUCCUGAGAGAGUGGCUCAUCCAGGUGCAGAACUACUAUCACUAUGUGGAAUGGAGACCUUCAGACGAACCCAGUGCCUUCGAAGAUGAGCAUGGACCGAAGCACUGGAAUACUCUGCGCUACGAACACGUAAUGAAGCUUCGUCAGGCGGCGCUGGACACAGCGCGGGAGAUCUGGGCUGACUACUUUUUGGUGGUCGACUGUGACAACCUUCUCACCGACCCGGAUGUGCUGUGGAAGCUCAUGAGCGUAAACAAGACAGUGGUCGCCCCAAUGUUGGAGUCCAGAGCGGCCUACUCCAACUUCUGGUGUGGCAUGACCUCUCAGGGUUAUUACAGACGGACGCCCGCCUACAUGCCUAUCCGAAAACUGGAGCGUCGAGGCUGCUUCGCUGUCCCCAUGGUGCACUCCACCUACCUGGUGGACCUGAGGAAGGAGGCGUCUCGUCGACUGGCUUUUUACCCUCCGCAUCCCGAGUAUAGCUGGGCCCUGGAUGAUGUCAUCGUUUUUGCCUACUCCGCACGCAUGGCAGAUGUGCAGAUGUAUGUUUGCAAUAAGGAAACAUAUGGCUAUUUGCCUGUGCCGGUGAGAGCCCAGGCAUCGCUGCAGGAUGAGGCAGAGAGCUUCUUGCACACACAGUUGGAAGUCAUGGUGAAAAACCCUCCACUGGAGCCCUCUGGCUUCGUGUCUCCUUCACCGAAGCAGCCUGACAAGAUGGGCUUUGAUGAGAUAUUUAUGAUCAAUCUGGCGCGGAGAUCCGACCGGCGCGAGCGGAUGCUGAGGACUCUGUACGAGCAGGAGCUCAGCUGUAAGGUUGUUGCUGCAGUGGAUGGCAAGGCGCUGAACACCAGCGACAUUGAGUCGAUGGGGAUCAAGAUGCUGCCCGAUUACAAAGACCCGUAUCAUGGUCGGCCCCUGACCAAAGGUGAACUGGGCUGUUUCCUGUCCCACUACAACAUCUGGAAAGAGAUUGUGGAUCGAGGGCUCCAAAGGUCCCUGGUCAUCGAGGACGACCUUCGCUUCGAGGUGUUCUUCAAGCGACGUCUGCAGGCGCUGCUGCAGGAGGUGACGAGGCACAAGCUGGACUGGGAUCUGAUAUAUAUCGGGAGGAAGCGAAUGCAGGUGGAGCAUCCAGAGAAGUCUGUGCCAAACCUUCACAAUCUAGUGGAAGCCGACUAUUCCUACUGGACUUUAGGAUACAUGAUGUCAUUACAAGGGGCAGAGAAACUCCUCCGAGCCCAACCGUUGACUAAGAUGCUGCCCGUGGAUGAGUUCCUCCCCGUGAUGUACGAUAAACAUCCAGUUUCAGAGUACAUGGAACACUUUGAGCACCGCGACCUGCGCGCGUUUUCUGCAGAGCCGCUCCUGGUGUAUCCGACCCAUUACACAGGAGACCCGGGCUACAUCAGUGACACCGAAACAUCUGUUGUCUGGGACAAUGAGACGGUCACGACAGACUGGGACCGAGCCAAGUCGAGGAAGAGCCAGGAGCAGGAGGAGCUGAGCUUCGAGGCUCAGAACUCUGACGUGCUGCAGUCAGAGUUGGAGAACUGGAGCGCGAGGGAUGAGCUGUGAAACUCUGCAGCCAGUGGGGAUAGUUUGGGGGCGACGGAACAAAGCUGUGAUCAUCAGAAAGGUGGAUGUUGGAGUUAGGAAGAUGCUGGUGCUGAUGAGGGAACAAGUCUUCCCUCUGAACAUUUCUCUCCUGCUGGACGCAGAGGUCACUCCUGAGGAGGUAGUUGCAGCAUCCGUUUAUUUAUUACAACUUAAUGAAAGAGUCGCUUCAUCAAACGAGUUCAGCAAAGUGAUUUGACUAGCUUUAAAUUAGACCUCAGCAAAGUAUCCCCCCAGGAUCAAACCACAGGUCCGUAAGUGAAGAGCAGUUCUUCUUCUGUGCUGCUCGACGUGUAGGUGAUCGACUGCUAAUCACCUGACUCACCUUCCUGUUCACAAAUAGAGGCUUCAGGGAGUUUCAGUCCUUGUUUUGCAGCCCGUCUCCACAACCUGACUCUGUAAUUAGAAAUAAGGCGUCAGGUGAAAGAGUGUUGAGCGGAGGCGGCGCUGCGGGGUCGUGGGCGAGUUGAGCGACAGCUGACUCAAGUGUCUGAAAACAGGCUGGUUAAUGAGUCAGGCCCAACAUGAAGAAAAGGCAUCUGAAUGGAGGAUGAAUCAUGAUUUAAUCCUGCGCUUUUCUUCCUGAGAUCUUUCCGUGUGGAGCAGCGUGAGGUUUCCGCUGAUGGAAGUCAUGCGGCCUCCGCCCCCUGAUGCUGCUGCCGAACCCGCUCUUAUAUUCAUCACUUUUGAAAGGCAGUGAUGGAAUCCUUAACAUCAGAGGGAGGCGGUCAUAAUCAUGUGGAUUUCUUUGUCUGUAACGCCUGGUUUAAAAAGUGGGUCAACUUUGUCAUCCCAUUUUGGGAAUUUCCCAAUUACAAAAACUGCUUCAACAGAAUGUCUAUAUCACGUAUGAAAAGAAAAAAAAAAACCAAUUUAAAUGAGGAUAUUUUAUGUUCAACCCGGCGUUGUCACCUAUAAUGAUCAUCUUCUUUUUUCAUUCUCUGUGUGAGUUGACUAGAGCUAGGUUCGGUUCUGGAAUACCAUCAACGCCUGCAGUGUUUUUUUAACCAGUCAGUAUUUGCACUCUGACAGUGAUGUGAAUCUGUUAUUUUAACCAACCAAAGUUGCGAUAAAGGGAAGUGAACCGCCUCAACUUUAAACACCGAGGUGGAUGACCCAGUUACUGUUAUAGCUUUUAAGCAUUUUUUUAGCCUUUAAAUCGUUCCCAUCGUCAUG